AUGAUAGAACUAAAGUUUGAGCAAGGGUUGGAUCUUGAGGCGGUUGAUGAAUGGGCAAUUGGACCAGAUAAGGUUAUCGAAGGUUAUGAACACUCUUUGGAGGCUAUGGAAGGUCUUCUACAAAAGAUCGACGAGGAUAAGGAAGCCAGGAAGAGACAUGACAUUGAAGCUCGAGAAGAAGAGAAACGGAUGAGAAUUCGACAAGAAGAAGACGAAAAACAGGAAUGGCUACUAAGCCAUGUAAUUUAUUCAGUUUUUCUUCCAAAUUUCCCUUAUGUCGUUGCAGUUUUCUCUCGUUUCUCGAUUCUAAAAUCGUUUCAGUUUGACUGUUCAAGUGCAGAGAAACUUUAA